AUGGAUUUCCCAUUACCAAAGAGAAGAAAAACCAAUACGGAUUCAAUCAAUACGACACAAGAAGAGGCAUCUCCUUCUUCUUCUUCUCCUCUCACCCGUUCAAGUCCAUACGAUGUCUUUUUGAGUUUUCGAGGUGUGGAUACUCGAAACAACUUCACUGGCCAUUUGUACACUUACUUGGUACAGAAAGGAAUUAAUACCUUCAUGGAUGACGAAGAGCUUAGAAAAGGAGAAGAAAUAUCAUCUUCACUUCUCAAAGCAAUUCAAGGGUCAAAGAUUUCUAUACUCAUCUUCUCUGAAAACUACGCAUCCUCAGGGUGGUGUUUGGAUGAACUUGUUGAGAUCCUAAAAUGUAAGAAGCUGAAUCAACAACUGGUUUGGCCGGUGUUUUACAAGGUGGAUCCUUCCGAUGUUCGGUACCAGAAGGGUAAAUAUGGUGAGGCACUUGCUAAACAUGAGUGCAGAUUCAAGGAAAACAUGGACAAGGUCCAAAGAUGGAGAACAGCUCUUAGGGAAGCAGCAGACUUCUCAGGGUGGACUUUCUUCGACGGAAGGCAUGAAGCUAACUUCAUCAGUACGAUUGCCGAAGAGAUUUCAGCACAAGUAUCAAAACGUAGUUGCUUAAAUGUGGCAAAGUAUCCCGUUGGAAUAGAAUCUCGUGUACAAGAUCUGCUUAGGCUUUUAGAUGUCGGAGGAAGUGAUGUUCGCAUGGUUGGUAUAUGGGGUAUUGGAGGAAUAGGCAAAACAACAAUUGCUAACGAAUUAUUCAACUCAUUCCGCCAUAAGUUUGAAGGUUGGUGUUUCUUGGCAAAUGUUAGAAAAGAUUCAGUAUCCCAUCAAGGCCUAGUUGGACUACAAAAUAAUCUUCUUAAUGAGAUCUUAGGGGGGCGGAAAAUGGAGAUGACUAAUGCUGAUAGAGGAAUCCAGGUGAUUAAGGACAGAUUGCGUAGUAAAAGGGUCCUCAUAGUUCUUGAUGAUGUGAAUGAAUUGAACCAGUUGGACAAAUUAGCUGGAGGAUUGGAUUGGUUUGGUCGUGGCAGUAGAAUUAUCAUAACAACAAGAGAUAAAGGUUUGCUAAUUUCUCAUCAAGUUAACGCAAUAUACACAGCCAAGGCAUUAGAUGACGAUGAAGCUCGUAACCUCUUGAUUUUGAAUGCCUUAAAGGGAAACAAAAAUCCAGAUGAGUUUGUGAAAUUCCCAAUUGAUGAUGCUGUACGCUUUGCUCACGGCCUUCCAUUAGCUAUAAACAUUUUAGGCUCACUUCUCUCUGGUAGGAGUAUAAAUCAAUGGUAUGAUACAAUAGAUUGUUUCACCAGAUCUCCUGACAGAGAUAUCCAAACAGUCCUUCAAACAAGUUACGAUGUAUUGCAAUAUCCACUGAAAGAAGCAUUUCUUGACAUUGCAUGUUUCUUUAAAGGUAAAGAUAAGGAGUAUGUGAUGCAAGCACUGGAGGGUUCUAAUACUCUCACCCCUGUACAUGCUCUUGAAGUACUUGAAGAGAAGGCCCUUAUAAAGAUUGAGAAAUCUGGUCGGAUUUCGAUGCAUGACUUGCUGGAGGAAAUGGGAAAAGAAAUAGUUCUUAGAGAGUCACCCACUGAUGCUGGCAGUCGUAGCAGAAUAUGGUUUCAUGAGGAUGUUUACCAUGUUUUAACCGAAAAUACAGGCUCAAAAGAAGUUAAAGGCAUCAGAGUAGAGCUACCAAGAGAAUAUGAGAUACGCUUGACUGCUAAAAGCUUUAAAAAGAUGAAAAAUCUUCAGCUUUUUAUAAACAUCAAUGCAUGCUUCUCUGGAGAGGUCAAUUAUCUUCCAAAUAAGUUGAGGUUCCUUGAUUGGCCUGGAUUCCCAGCACAAUCUUUACCAUCGGAGUUCAAUCCCCAAAAACUUGUCAAUCUCAAUAUGCCAAACAGUCGCAUCUCACGAGUUGGGCAAGGACUCAAGAAUUUGCAAAAUUUGAAAUCUCUAAGCUUCAGGAGUUGUGAAUUCCUAAUAGAACUCCCCAACUUGUCUGGAAUGUUUCCGAAUUUGGAGAGGUUGGAUUUAAAUUCCUGUACAAGUUUAGCUGAGUUGCAUCCGUCUGUCGGUUCCCUUGAUAAGCUUGUUCACUUUGAUCUUACGGACUGCUAUUCCCUUAAGAUGUUUCCAAACAUAGGCAACAUGAAAUCUCUGCAAUAUCUUGAUUUGGGAGGCUGCAGGAGGCUCGAGAGCUUUCCACAAAUGAAUGGAAGGAUGGAGUCAUUAACACACAUGAAUGUUUCUGGAACUGCCAUCACAGAAGUGCCUUCAUCAAUUGGAUAUCAUCUGUUUAAUCUUCAAUUUUUGAUUUUACAGAAAUGUGAAAACCUUUCGAAUCUGCCUCUCAGCAUUUUUGAUUUGCAAAAGCUGUUUUAUUUAGAACUCACAGGUUGCCCAAAACUGGUGCUUCCAUUUCCAAAUAAGGUGAAAUACGGUGAAGUGCCAACUCCAACGUCUAACUCAAAGAAUUCUUCACUUUACAGCAAGGAAACUUCAUCAGAAAGAGAAAGUGACGAUGCUGAUGUUAAAGAUCAAGGAAAUUCAGUGUUUCCUUCACUAGAGUACUUGAACGCAGGAGGAUGCAAUAUUUCAAACUGUGAUUUUCUUGUGACGCUUGGUUAUGCCUCCAACAUUGAAGCGCUUAAUUUUUCAGAAAGCAAUUUUGUUAAUCUUCCUGCAUGCAUUAGCACAUUUACCAACUUGAGUCACCUUAUCUUGAAUGGAUGCAAGAGGCUUCAAGAAGUUCCGGAGCUUCCACCAAAUUUGCAAGUGUUAGAAGUGAGAGGUUGCAAAUCAUUGGAAAGAAUUUCAAAGUUAUCAAACAUUUUGAAGCAUGAAGAAUCGCAAAUGUUUUGGUGGUUGGACUUGACCAAUUGCUGGAGACUGUGUCACAAUCUGGUUCAGUAUGCAGAGAAGAAAGGUUGGUUAGUGAAUGAUGAUGAUCAUCAGGUGGGGGAUGAUCUCUUGUCUCUUUUUCUCUGUUCUCAGAAGUCUGCAUUCGGGGUUGUGUUUCCAGCAAGUUAUGAAAUUCCAAAGUUUUUCAGCUGUCAAAUGGAUUUCACAGGAAAUGGACUGUUUGAAUUCUAUAUUCAAGUCCUUCCUAAUUUCCAAUGGCACAACACAGGAUUGGCUCUAUGUGUUGCUGGUGAAGAGGUGCUAGACUGGGAAUUUGAAAUUCGAAUCAAUGAAGCAAGAGUACUGACGGAUCAUUGUCUCAAUGAAGGCGAUUCGCCUCUUCUGGGGCUGCAGUAUAUUCCGUUCGAUACAAUUCGAUUUGAUUCACUGCCACCUUUUAUCUGUCGAGUUAGUAUAUUUCAAUCUCUCUAUACUAACGUGGUUCCUAUGAAACGCUGCGGAGUGCACCUGGUAAUGCCACCAAAUGAAGAGUGUAUGAAACUUACACAUGCACAGAACAUCAGGAACAGACUCAAAGCAGUGGACGAUUCUUAUGAACUCAAAUCAAGCGACUCUCACACCAAGUUGGCAAAGAGCUUAAGAGAAGACGGCCCGUCAGGACUCAAGAGCCUAAUUGAUUAUUGACUGGUAAGAUGGCUGGUUACAGAAUUGCUAAUGCUAAAGGACCCAGUAUAUAUUGUCAAUGAGAUCUGCAGUGUCACUGCGCUUGCUUUAAUUCUUGACUGGAAUGACCACAGCAAAUUAAGUGAACGCACUAAUCUAUGACUUGAUAAGAAGAAAUCAGUCUUGUUGAUCAAGUGAGAGAUGCUAAACUGCUAUAUUAUCCCAUCAUGAAUUUAUGGACAUUUUAAGUUUCAAGAACGUUGUUAAUUAUACAGAAAUUGCUUGUACCGAAUUUCUCAGAUGAACUUUCACUCUUCUCAUAUAUUUCGAGAAGGUAACAGAGUUGCAGAUGCAUUGGCAAAUGAAGGGAUAAAGUCUUUAGGUUUGACGUGGUGAGACUUGCCCCCAAAUUUUGUUAUUUCUCUUUGUAAUAACGAUUGGUUGGGGUUUUCCC